AUGCCUCCUGCUCUCAGCGAUCACGAGUCCUCGGACAGCGAAGAAGUCCCCGCGCAAGCGACCGCAAAGGGAAAAGGAAGACAACCAGUACAAGUCGAUUCUAUAGAAGAUGAGGAGGUUGACAGUGAGGUGGGAGAAGACGAAUACGUCGUUGAAGCCAUCUUCAACCACAGAUUCCAAAGAGGCGUUCUCCAAUUCGACGUCAAAUGGGAAGGCUACGACGACCCCAAAGACCGGACAUGGGAGUCAGAGGAAAACAUGGAGGGAGCCAUUGACGUACUGAACGAGUACUUCAAGAGUAUCGGAGGCCGUCCAGAGCCCAAGGGCCAAAAGCGCAAGGGCCGACCGUCGCUUGCGGGAAGGAAAUCAGAGUCGGAGACUCUUGCGUCUAGCACCAAGCGCGCAAAGGCAGACAAGGAGGAGAAGAAAGUGGCACAAUGGAGUCCACCACCAGGCUCGUGGGAACACGACGUCCACGAAGUCGACACAGUGGAGCAGACGAAGAACCCCAAGACAGGCGAACUCGAAAAGUUCGCAUACCUCGUGUGGAACAAUAAUCAAAAGACACAACAUCCUCUCCGACACGUCUACCAAAAGUGUCCGCAAAAGAUGCUGGUAUAUUAUGAGAGCCACCUAGUCUUUGCCGAAACCAGCGACCAGCCUCUGAAAUGCGAAAAUGGUGAUGACAAUAACGACACCGAAAUGACAGGCCACUAA